UCACCACGUAAGUUGUUGGGUUGGAGACUUUGAUGGCGUCGAAGGCUCGGAGCUGGAGAGGGACGCAGUAGAGAUGGCCUCGGCUCGGAUAUUAUGACUAAUGCCUAUUUGAUCGACGUUUAUUUGCUGCUUACUAACUGCACGGGUUUCGGGUGAACCUUUGGCUUCUCAUCGGUCCUGCAGCUGAUUUCCAUGUCUUACGUGUAAGAGUUUCCAAACAGGAUCAUCAGGACUGCUCACUGUGCGUUACCGAUUGUCUGACUGGUCCCGGCCGUUCCUCGUUGGUUGACCCACUCCUUCACCGGCGCCAUGGAGGAGGAGGGCCAGCAGAGCUUGGAGUGCAUCCAGGCCAAUCAGAUCUUCCCCAAGAAGUCCCCCGUCCUGGAGGAGGAAAACAUGCAGGUGCCGUUUCCUGAGCUUCACGGGGAGUUCACGGAGUACGUGGGGCGGGCGGAGGACGCCAUCAUCGCCAUGUCCAACUACCGCCUGCACAUCAAAUUCAAAGAGUCCAUCGUCAACGUUCCUCUUCAGCUCAUCGAGCAUGUGGAGUGUCGGGAUAUGUUCCAGCUUCACGUCACCUGUAAGGACUGUAAAGUCGUCAGGUGCCAGUUCUCCACCAUUGAGCAGUGUCAGGAGUGGCUGAAGCGCCUGAACGUGGUGGUGCGCCCCCCCCCUCGCCUGGAGGAACUCUUCUCCUUCGCCUUCCACGCCUGGUGCAUGGAGGUCUACGCCGGGGAGAAGGAGCAGCACGGGGAGCUCUGCAGACCAGGCGAACACGUCACCUCCUGGUUCAAGAACGAGGUGGAGAGGAUGGGCUUCGACACUCAGAACGCCUGGAGGAUCACAGACAUCAACAGCAAGUUCAGGCUCUGCCCCAGUUACCCUCAGCAGCUCCUGGUUCCCGCCUGGAUCACCGACAAGGAGCUGGAGAACGUGGCGGCUUUCCGCUCCUGGAAGAGGUUCCCUGCUGUGGUUUAUAGGCACCAGACGACAGGGGCAGUGAUCGCCCGCUGCGGCCAGCCGGAGGUGAGCUGGUGGGGCUGGAGGAACGCUGACGAUGAGCACCUGGUGCAAUCCAUCGCUAAAGCCUGCGCUGUGGUGGGAUCCUCCAGGAAACACCUCACCAACGGGGGGGGCUACAGCAACGGCACCGACCUGCCAGACACUGACUUUGAGUCCUCGAUGACCCACAGCACGGAGGUGGAGACGUUGGCCUCGCAGCCUCACAAGCUGCUGAUCCUGGACGCUCGCUCCUACGCUGCUGCUGUAGCUAACCGAGCCAAGGGGGGCGGCUGCGAAUGCCCAGAGUACUACCCCAACUGUGAGGUGGUGUUUAUGGGCAUGGCCAACAUCCACUCCAUCCGCAAGAGUUUCCAGUCUCUGCGUUUCCUCUGCACUCAGAUGCCCGAUCCAGCCAACUGGCUGUCUGCUCUGGAGAGCACCAAGUGGCUGCAGAACCUGUCUCUGCUCCUGAAGGCGUCUCUGCUGGUGAUGAACGCCGUGGAGCGGGACCACCGCCCGGUCCUCGUCCACUGCUCCGACGGCUGGGACCGCACGCCUCAGAUUGCCGCUCUGUCCAAGCUGCUGCUGGACCCGUACUACCGCACCAUAGAGGGCUUCCAGGUUCUGGUGGAAACCGACUGGCUGGACUUCGGCCAUAAGUUUGCGGACCGCUGCGGCCACGGAGAGAACUCGGAGGACGUGAACGAGCGCUGCCCCGUGUUCCUGCAGUGGCUCGACUGCGUCCACCAGCUGCAGAGGCAGUUCCCCUGCUCCUUCGAGUUCAACGAGGCCUUCCUGGUGAAGCUGGUGCAGCACACCUACUCCGCUCUGUUCGGCACCUUCCUGUGUAACAGCGGGAAGGAGCGUGAGGACCGGCACGUUCAGGAGCGGACCUGCAGCGUGUGGUCGCUGCUGAGGCCGGCCAAUCGGACGCUGAGGAACAUGCUGUACUCCUCACACUCUGAGAUCGUUCUGCACCCGGUGUGUCACGUGCGUAACCUGAUGCUCUGGACGGCCGUCUACCUGCCCAGCUCCUCCCCCACCACGCCCUCCGAUGAGUCCUGCGCCCCCUACCCUGUCCCGGGGGGAAACCCCGAGGACGCUCCACUGGGAAGACGUCCGAAGACUCGCUCCUUCGACAACCUGCCGAGCGCCUGUGAGCUGAGCGGCUCUCUGCCUCCCAACCGCCGCUCCAGCGACCCGAGCCUCAACGAGAAGUGGCAGGACCACCGGCGCUCGCUGGAGAUCAACAUUGCCGCCGGUCCUGAGGGGGAACCGGAGCAGGAAGAAGUGAUUCCUAACGGGGUGGGGCCUCAUCCAAAGGAGGGAGGGGACUCUGAGCUGGAGGACAGCCCUCAAACCAGGGGGCCGAACGCUGUGAUGGGAAAGGAAGGAGAGGGAGAAGCCAAGGCAAAGGAGGUGGAGCUUUCUGUGGCGGUGGGCGUCGCCGAGGGCCAGAUGGAGAACAUCCUGAAGGAGGCGACGAAGGAGGAGGCGGGGGCAGAGAUGCAGAAAGAGGGAGGAGUUAUUAAUAUCAGUAAGAGUGCGAGUGACAAGGAGGUGAAGGAGGAAGGAGGUGAUCAGUGUGCGAAGGUGAAUGGUAUUCAGGUGGAGAAGGAAGGGUUGGCUAACGGUCACCAUCAAGAGAACGGAGUAACGGAGGCUGAGGAGGAGGACGAGGAGGAGGAGUGUCCGCCUGUGAAGGAGGAGGAGGAGUGUCGGCCUGUGAAGGAGGAAGAGGAGGCGACUCCAGAGGUGGAGGGUGUAGAGAUGUCUUCUGUACAGGAGGAGGUUGUAAAGGGAGCGAGUGCGUUAGCCUCAGCGGAGCACCCUGCAGCUCUCAGGACUUUAACCAACGGCUUCACCUCUCCUGAGGAGGAGCCGCUGGAUAAGAGAGCCUCCGUGAUGGAGAGCUCCACAGAGACUCUGACGGAGGAGGUCUGCAGCCGGCUGGAGCCCGCCCCCAGGCAGGAGAAGGGUCUGGAGGCGGGGGAGCAGUUCAUCAGGACUUUAAACGGGAAGAGACCCUCGCUGUGUGCCUUUCAGGACCGAGAGGGGCUUUAUUAUAACGGCGACGUCUCCGAGCUCCACGGGGUCAAAGGUAACGGAGAAAGGGCUCCUCUCAGUCGGCAGGUUUCCCUCGCCAGCUGCAGCUCCCUCCCCCCCCGCUGCUCGCUGCAUCGAUGGUGUCAUCACCACGCGCCGCUGCUGAACCGCGCCGCGAUCGUUACCCCCGAGCAGCAGCCGUCUGUCCGCAGCCACCUGGACGACGACGGGCUGACGCUGCACAGCGACGCCGUGCAGACCAGGCUGCGGCAGAUCGAGGCGGGACACCAGCUGGAGGUGGAGACGCUGAAGAAGCAGGUGCAGGAGCUGUGGAGCCGCCUGGAGAACCAGCACCACUCACACCGGGUCAACGGGGACACGGGGGACGAGGAGGGGACCUCCAUGAUGGACUCAGAGUUCAACCUGGACCCGAACUGUCUGUCUCGCUGCAGCACGGAGCUGUUCUCUGAGGCCAGCUGGGAGCAGGUGGACAGGACGGACAGCGAGGUGACGCGCUGGUACCCUGACCACCUGGCGGCUCAGUGUUACGGCUGUGAGAGCAGAUUCUGGCUCGCCACCAGGAAGCAUCACUGCAGUGGCAGGGAGCCUUUCCAGGAGGUCUGGAACUGCGGUAACGUGUUCUGCGCCAGUUGCUGCGAGCAGAAGAUCCCCGUGCCAAGCCAGCAGCUGUUCGAGCCCAGCCGCGUCUGCAACGGUUGUUACGGCAACCUGAAGCUAAGCCCCGCCCCCCUGCAGCUAAGCCCCGCCCCCCCGGAGCUGGAGAAGCGGAACGAUGAACCUGCUGCAGGGAGAAACACCGAAUGUCCCGUAGACUCUUAAGUGUGUGUGUGUGUGCUGCAGGUGUGGAGUGUAUAUACAGAGAGGCUGUGCACAGGGGGGUGUGUGUGUGUGUGUGUGUGUGGCACUGCUGCACCCCACACACACCCCCCAGGAUGGAGGAGUGAGGAUGGACGUCCUGGAAGCGACCGGACGCUGGAGUUUCUGCGUUUCAUCUUUUCAACAACACACUCAUCUCACUCUGGACUCUUUAAUCUUGAAGGUGUGUGUGAUCGGGAAGAAAUCAUGACUUUAAAAAUGUCUGGGGGUUUUUCGCCGUACAUACUGUCGUCGUACGAUAUAUUGUCCCGUGAACAACUGCCGUAUUAUUGUGUUUAUAAGACCAUUUCAUGCCACUGAUAUAAUGCUACUAGGAAAGUAAACUAACGUGUACAACCUUUUAAAAAAAGACUAUUCAGAUGCUUGAAUUUGAUCAAAAUAUUCAAUUAAAGGGCAUUUUAAUAAUAUUUUUGAUGAAUAAAUAAAACUAAAACAGUAAAAUACUUUAAUAUUUUUAUUUGUAAGUUAUAUUCAGAGAUUGGAAUUUAAUCAAACAUAUGUACAUACCCUUUAUAAACCAAAAAAAUCUGAAUUAAUUAAUCAAGUAUAAAGAUUAUUGGAAUUACAUUUAGAAAAAAAUUCAAAACUGAAUAAAUUAGAGACUUAUUUCAAUAAAAAAACAAAGUAAAUAUUAAGAAUAUUCAGACAUUUUAAUAGAAAAACAAUAUUUAAAAUACCCUGAAUUAAUUAGACUUAAUCAAACUACAUUACAUUUGAAUUAUAAGAACACAAAAUAAUAUAUAAACGGUUAAUUAUUAAGUAAUUAACCAAAUUAAUAUAUUAAAUGUGGGCUUAUAAUGCUGCAUCAUGUUGGCUGAAUGUUGGUCAUGUAAACACAAUAAUGUGGAAGUCCAUAUAUAUCCCAUAAUAAGUAGAAACAGUAGUUAUGGUGACAGUCUGAUGAACUCUUAAAGGGCCGGUGCACACACAUUACCAAACCAUGUUUCCUCUCUAACCGUGCUUCUACAUUUAUUCUAUUUUCCCUGUUUGAGAGAAGUUAAUAAGGGCUUACACUAUAUAUAUAUUUCUGUUGUACACAAAUCCAUUAAAUGUCAGAAGAUAGUGACAUUUGUUCUGGAAAAUAAGCUGAUUUCAUUUAAAUCCCUCAUUACUCAUUAUGGUGUACUGGCCCUUUAAGGCUUUAUGGUGCACUGGCCCUUUAAGGCUUUAUGGUGCACUGGCCCUUUAAGGCUUUAUGGUGUGCUGGCCCUUUAAGGCUUCAUGGUGUACUGUGCCCUUUAAGGCUUUAUGGUGCACUGGCCCUUUAAGGCUUUAUGGUGCACUGGCCCUUUAAGGCUUUAUGGUGCACUGGCCCUUUAAGGCUCCCGGCUGAAUCUCUUGAUUGAUGAGUGGGUUUUUAUCGCUUUUGACGCAGAAUUAUUUUGUAUUUUUCUGUGUGAUGUUUGUUGAGAUUCAGAGCAGAGUGCAGACAGGAAGCUGGAGUUUUUAUGAGUUUAUUUUGGUAACACUUUCUAUUAAAAAACAUAUCUAUAAUGCAUUAUAAACACACUUUAAACUACAAUUCUAAUGCAUUAUAACUCUAAUCGUACCACAUUAUAAAACAUUGUAUUAUGACUUGUAGGUAGUGUCAUAAUCCUUCAUAAUUGCUCUUAAAUUACGGACAUUUCUAUUAAAACAUGUCUUUUUUUUUUAUAACUAGGGGAUAUACAGUAAAUCCUUACAAACUUGACCUUUUGAAACAAUUUAAAAAUACUUUUGAUCUGAUAUUUGUUGUUAAAUAUAUAUUAAAUAGUGCUUAUUUAUGGCUACAAAGUAGUAUUUAUACACUGUUUACUUUCAAAAUUAUUGGUUUUGUUUAUUUAAUAUUCAAAAACCCAAAUAUUGUCAUUUUUGUAUGAUAUAAAACUACGAAAUACUGGAAAUAUCAGUUAUUUAGAGGCCGAAAAACAGCAUUUUCUGACAGGAAUAAUUACUUUAUUGAUAAAUUAAUUGUCAAAGUAGUUGGGGAAUUGUAUAUAAAUGUAAUUACACCGGUCUAUAAGCAGAUAAUAAGUGUGUUUAUAAUAGUAUAGACCUGUGCUUCAUAGAAAGUGUCACCAAGAAUGAAUAUCUCCGACGUUAACGAGGGUCAAUUAUCAUUGUUAUUUGUCAGCGAUGUUUUGAACAGCUGAUCGACUGUUAUUCAGCGAGUGUGUAACAAAGUGUGUGUGACAGUGUGUUAUUGUCACACACACACACACACACGCAACAGCCUCCCACUUUUAUUACCCAGCAGGCACUGGGCGUCUCCUCGACUCUUCAGCCUCUCACAGGAAGUGAAGUUUAACACAUCCAACAACAAAAAAAUUGAAAUGUUAAAGCUCGUCAUUUGUGAUUGGGCGUUUUAAUCAUGACAUCACAGGUGUUCUCCGCUCUGAUUGGCUGAGGCGUGGAGGAGCGUAGGCAGAAAGGGCUCUUUAAGAAGUAGAAGGUGUUUCUCAAUGUCGAGGACGCUUCCUUGGUAGGACAUGUCUUCCGAGUCAGGUCCUUCAGAAGCGAGGCAAGGAUCCGUCCUGGCAAUUGGAGGACGAAGAAUGGAACAGGCUAGCAAGUGUGCAGGUGUGCGUCAUAUGAGAGGCCCCCGUCUUACAUUUUCCGCCAAAGAUUUGGGAAAUUGGUCCAUGCGCAAAGCAUUGUGGGGAUUUUAAGACCGCGGAGGAUACACAUGUGCAGCCUCGAAAUGUCCCGCAACGAAGGAUUCAGUCCUCGGUAGAAUUCCAAGGAGCCUGGACAUUGGAACAGUCCUUCGGCGGGACUCGAUGACAUAGCAUCCUUGAAAUAGUGGCUCUGGAGGAUCCUUCCUCGACAUUGAGAAACACCCAGAGACUCACACCAUCCAAUGACCUCCUCGCACACACACACACACACUUUGUUUUUUGUAAGAUAAGUGAAUAAAAUAAUAUAUUCAGAUAUAGCAUUUAAGACAAAUGUAUAGAAUCCUUGAAUAGUGGCUCACUUAAUUAGUCACCAAAGGUUUUUUGUUUUUUUUAUUUCUUUGUUUUUCUUAUGUUGUUUAAUUGAGGACAAAUAUAAUUUGUUGAUGACAGGUGUUUUUGUUUUUUUAAAUAGAGAAGCAGGACGUCCUGUUUCGAUGCUGCAGUGGUUUUUCCCUUUCAAAUGAUUUAAGUUAUUGAGUUGUUGAAUUGCUGUUUUUAAAAAAAAGAAACCCAGACAAUUGAAAUUGCCACAGGAUAAUCAGUGUUGAUGCUUCCUCUGUUUUACCCUGUUUUAUAUCAGCCAAUCACGAGAGGAUGUGUACAUCUAAAGGGGUUAGCAUUUAGCAUCGUUAGCAUAUUUAAAUCAUCUGUGUGCGGCCGGUGAGACGUCUAUGCACUGAGUGGUCCCGAAAAUAAAUAACCCCCCCUCACUCACACACACCAUUACACCCAUCUACAAACACUACCUCUACUUUAUACACACACACACACACACACACACUAUUAUUAGCUCCCACACCACGCAGAACUGCCUUUGUUAUUGUAUUUUCCCUUAAAGGUACAGUACACAUUUUAAUUUUCAUCUUUUUUUGGGGGGGGGGGUUUACGAUCUUUUACCCCCGUUUGGACUAUCAGAGGAAUUUAAAACAUUAUGAUGAAUCAUUGUACCGAACCGAAGUGGUUCCUCUCCGCCCUCCUGUGUUGGUGGUGUUUAAUUCAGCAGCUCCACCUUUAACCCUUUAAACAUCACAGAGACACCUGGCUGCUGUCUUUUCUGUUAAUUUGUACAAAAACACUCAAAAACAGUGGCUUUAAAUGCUGAAAUUAUUUGUAUAUAUUGCUACUGCCUCUGAUUUCACAUCUAAAGUAUAUAUUUACGUAAAUCUGACCUGGGAUCCUAUUAGGGCUGUACCGAAUAUUUAGAUAUUUUUCAUAGAACUUACGUUUUUUACGUCUUUUUAUUUUAUUUUCAGGCUGCUGUAUUUUUAUUAUAUUAUUUUUAUGUAGUUUCAGAUUCAAGUGAUGCAAAUAUUUGCCAAAAACUUUUUCUGAAUUAAUUACAAUAGUUUUAGUUGGCAAAAAAAUACAACAAUUGGUACAAAAUGCAGAUUUUUUUAUUUGACAUCACUUUAAUUGGAUGUUUUUCUAUACAUAUGCAUCGUUCACACUUCCAUAGCUUCAUUCAAGAACCUCAAUACUUAAGGAGUCUUAAAAAAUAAACACAAAUAAUAAUUUAAAAAGUGGUAAAGCCCUAAUAACGCUUAUAGAUAAUUGUGAAUAAUAAAUAUGAAUGUAAAACAUCCAAAUAAGACGCUCAAAAUGUUAAAUUAACUAAUUUGGUACAGACUUAAUAAUUCUUAUUAAUCGUUAUUCUUUUCCAAAUCUCCCAAAUAAAUAUAAAUUUGUCUUAAAUAUUGAAAGAAAAAUGAUUGUGAACACUUGAUCACCUUUUAAAUACAGAUUUAAUUAGAAAUAAUGAAGACGUCCCUUUUCACCACCCUCACAGGCCGGGACUCAUCCACCAAUCCAUGAAUGUGAAACGUAUUAAAAUAUAUAUUUUGCACACGACACAAAGUAGACACUGCCACAGGGGUGCAUCACAGCAGAGCUGAGAGUGUGUGUUGCUUUUCACUAGUGUGUCAUCACACACACACACACACAUCCCUCGCUGUGCUUUUAUUUUUAUUCUCCUUCUAGGAAGUUCUCUUCUUCUGCAUUUGUUGUUUUAUUUCUCUAACUCACGCUGACUGCUAAGGCCCAGUUAUCACCUGAGUGUGUAUGUGUGUGUGAGAGUGUGUGAAUGCAUCGAGUGUGUGUGUCUCUUUUAGUGGAGACUGGUGCCAAGCAGUGUAGUGUCGGGUCUCAGAACGACGGCUCGUGCUUCAGUUUGAUCUUUUCUCCCGUCUGUUUUUUCGAAGCACUUUGAACCUCCUCCGGAGUGUGUGAGGAGUGUGUAGCUGUACAUAGCGACUUCCUGUAACAAGUGCUCCUCGCUCAGUCUGAAUAUUUUGUUUCUGUCGGAUUUACUUUUAAAGAGCAUUACAUUGUUGUAGAAUUUAAAGGAGAAAUAAACUAGAUAAACCUA